AUGGACACUAAUCGAGGCUCUGUCAAUGGGGCAGCUCAGGUGCAGCCCACGCGGGACAGGUAUUACUACUUCGAGGACGGCGAUUGCACAUUCCAGGCAGAAAAUGUGCUGUUCAAAUUACACAAGCAAAUUAUCUCCCGGGAUCCCGAGUCGAUGUUCCGAUCGAUGUUUGCGGACGCGCAGGGCGGGCCGCCGUCGGAGAUCAUCCCGCUGCCGGGAACCAGCGUAGUGGGUUUCCGCAUGCUCUGCUGGGCAAUCUAUAUUCUACCGGGAGACGCCCACAAAUUCGGCGGGCUUGAGCGCGUGACAGACCGGCAGAUCCCGGCGUUCCUGCUCCUCAUCGAAAUGGCGAACAAGUAUGGCAUGACCCAUUGCGUGAGGUGGGCGUGGCAGCUGCUCUCCAUCGGGCAGCCAAAGCAGCGCUCGCUGCAGGACUACAUCAACGAGUGGCGCUCGGCGGACGAGGGGUUCGCGCGGGUGGAGCGCGUUCUUUCCGUAGCGCACGAAUGCUCCCCGAUUGUCCCCGAUUUCUGGAACGCGGCAAGCAAUCAAAUGUGGUUUGCCGGCCAGUUUGGACCCCCCGCGCGAAUGCUCGCGCUCGGCGAAACAUACAAUCUACGCUUCCUCCAGGCCAUGGCCUUCUACACGCUCUUCGAGAGGGCGCGCAGACACGAGAUCUCGCCGACUCUUGCCGGGUUAGCUAACAUGGGCUUGACAGAAGAGCAGAAGCGGUGUGUCGUGCGCGGCUUCACCCGCCUCAACAACAUGCUUUUCCACAUCGCCGAUCCGGGCGACGCGACACCAGAGCGCCGUGACCCGACCUGCCAAUGCUUCACUGGAGUCAUAGGCCGCGGGUGGGAAGAUAUGAUCGUCGAGAAUCGGCGGAAUCUAUGGCAUCCACGAGAGAUCUUGAGAAACACAGGUAUCAGGGCUAAUAACUGCAAGUGCGUGCGCAGCUAUCUGGACCGUCUUGGAUUUGAUUCAGAUAUCAAUACGUAUUUCUUGACGCCAUAA